AUGGCAUAUGAUCCUCGCCGUGUAAACACGGGAAGCACGACUCCCCAAACUCCUCCACCUCCCCCUCCACCACCACCCGAGUCCUCCACUCCCGAGAUGGACUCCCAAGAGGGUACAGACAACUGGAAACUUAAAUUCUGCACCGUCUGCGCCUCAAACAACAACCGGUCUAUGGAAGCUCACCUCCGUCUCUCUGCCGCACCCACUGCCUUCCCAGUCAUAUCCUUCGGAACCGGUUCCCUCGUCCGUCUCCCCGGUCCCUCUAUCACUCAGCCAAAUGUCUACGGCUUCAACACAACGUCUUACAACCAGAUGUACGAGGAGCUGCAAUCUAAGGAUGAGCGCCUUUACCGCAAUAAUGGUAUCCUGAACAUGCUGGACCGCAACCGAAAUCUCAAAUGGGGUCCCGAGCGCUUCCAGGACUGGGUUCCUGGCGCGCCACGCGUGGAUCACGCCGCGAAGGGGGACAAGGGCGCAUCGGGUACGGAGGGAGGUGUCGUCGAUGUCAUCAUUACUUGUGAAGAGCGCUGCUGGGAUGCGGUGGUUGAUGACCUAAUGAGUAAAGGAUCGACGCUGAAUCGGCCUGUUCAUGUCUUCAAUGUCGAUAUCAAGGAUAACCACGAAGAAGCAUUACUGGGAGGAAAGGCGAUCCUGGAUCUGGCGAACCGACUCAAUACAGCUGCUGUUGCGCAACGCGCUCAGCAUGGAACUGAGGGGUGGGAUAAUGGCACUGGUACGGCGAGAAUGAGCUUUGAUGAGAAGGUCCCUGAAAUUCUGGCGGAGUGGCAGGAGUUGAAUCCUAAUUUGCCGGCGUUGUGGACACUGGCUUGGCUGUAG